GAAAAAUAUAAAAAUGAAGCCUCUUCCAAAAUAAUAAACAACAAUCACAAUGGCAAGACCAUGUUCUGUAUCAAAGGAAUAUUCAACAAUGAUGGUAAGUUCACCAGAUAGGUAACUAGUAUAUGGAACAAAAACUUAAUCAUAAGCAAGAGUACAAACAUAUGUUGCUUCACCAUAUAUGUAAUCUCCAAUAUAUGAAGCAAAUAAAUAAAUCUUGACAUCACGUAUUUUAUUCAAAUAUAGAAAUAGCAAAUCUUCCGAUUUAACCUUCUUCACCUAAAAAAUUGUUAGAUUCAUAUCAUUAUAAAUAAAAAACAUUAGAUUAUAAAGUGCCAUAGAUACCAUAAAUACCAUAAAUAGAAAAUAAAAAUUCAAAUCAGUAUGGUGAUUACAAACCAUUUGAUACAACUAAAUAAUUAUUGUCAUAAGUAAAUUAAUAUGAUCUUGGAAAAUAUGAUUUUGCAAAAACCUAUAAUUUUGAAUCAAAUAAAGAAAAUCGAGAUUUGAAUUCUAAUACUGAAAAAAGAAAUCAAAGCAGACAAGAAUUAAAUCCUUUUUUAGAAUCAAAAGAGAAUAUUAAAGCUGGACUUGAAUUCAUAUGCAGAUCACCAAUUCAAGAUAUAAAUAAUUAAUAAGCUUAUUAAAACUAUUCUACAAGUAAUAUUUCUUAUUAAAAACAAACAACAACAACAACUGUAUCAUCAAAAACAAAACUAUAAACUGAAAUUAAUAAAAUUUCAAGUUCAUUGAGAGAAUUGAUCUCUGCAGUUUAAAAAUAAAUGGGAGCAAGUCAGUUGCCUGAUUUAUUAAAUGAUAAAAUGAUUGAAGUUCUUUCUAAUUUUAGGAAAUUAGAAGAGAUUGCUUUAUCUGAUUCUUAACAAUAAUAGUCUGCUCAUACUAUUCAAAGUUCUAAUGAUAAUGAAUAAAAAAUUAAUACUUUGACUGAGGAUUAUAAUAAACUAAAAGGAAUUUUAGAGUAACUUUAAACUAAAAUGGCUUCUUUAGUUUAAGAAAAUCAUAAGGUAAUUAUUUCAAUACUAUUAAAGCUUAAUAAAAAAUUGAUAGAGUAUGAAUAGAAAGGAACAGAAGAUGAAAGAAAAAGAAAAGAAGAUGAUGAAAGGUCAUUAUACACCUAAUAAGAAUUCAAUAGGGUCUUAGAAUGCUUGUAGUAAAAUUAAAAAGAAAAUGAGGAUUUAAAAUAAUAAUUAUUGAAAGCUGAAAAAAGUAAAACAGAAAAUAUGGUUUGCAGGUAACUAUUUUCUUAGGAUGAGUAAGUCAGAGAUUUAAGAACUAAAUAUUAAAAUUUAUAAAAAGAUUAUGAAUAACUUGAAUUAAAAUACAAAUAGUCAAUUUAAGAAAAGAGUUUUUAUUAAAGAGAUAUGACUAAAUCUCCAUCUAUUUUAAGAUCACCAUCUGUUAAUAAUGUAUAGAAAUAAUCAAAGCAGAAUGAAUAAUUAGAAUUGAAACUUUUUUAAUUAUAAAUUGAAAAUGAUAACUUGAAGGCUGAAGUUGCACAUAAUUAAGUGGAUUCAAGAUAAUUAGAUCAGAAAAAUUCUGUUAUUGGUUAAUUAGAAGAAAAAGUUAAAUAAACUUUAAGAGAGAAAGCAGAAUCUGAAGAACAUUUUCAAUAAUUAUGUUAUAAUUUAGAGAGUUAGCUUGAAUAAUUCAGAGUUAGUUUGCAAUAAAAGGAAUUAGAUUUGAAUCAAGUUAAUAAAUAAAAAAAAGAAAUUGAAAGAGAUUUUCAUUCAUCUGUUUAAAAUUAUUAAAUAGUAUAAAAAGGUUUAGAUGAUAAAUUAGCUAUUGCAAAAUCAGAUUAUGAUAAAUUAUUAUCAGAGUUUAAGGCUAUUGAUUCAAAAAAAAAUAAAUUACAGGAGGAUUUAACCAUUUGUGAGAAGCAAUUAGAAUAAUCAAGAAAUGAAACUAAUGGAGUUUUAAACGAUAAUAAAAAGUUUUCAGAAAAAUUAUCAUAAAUAUAAAAAUAAAAUGAUUAAUAGAGUUAAUAACUUUAGUAGUAUUAAAUUUCAACAUAAUAACUAUUGAAAUAACUAGAUAAUUUCAAGUAGUAAGAGUUUUAGUUUAGAUAAGAGAUUGAGAUUUUAGAAUCUAAUUUAAAUUAAACAAAACAAGAAACAAAAAAUUAGAUUAAUGAUUUAAAUGAAGCUUUAAGCAUGCAAAUAUAUAAAAAUAAAGAAAAGGAAAAAUAAGUCAUAGAUUUGAUUGAGGAAAUGAGUGCAUUUAAAGAUUAAUACGAAGUUUAAAAAAAAGUAUAAUAAGAAAAUAUUAAUGAUUUGGAAAGAAAAUCAAGAAAUCUAAGAAUUUAAUUAGAGGAAACAAUUGAAGUUAAAGAAAACGAAAUUAAUGAUUUAAAGUAAAAUAUGGAAUAAUAGAUGAAAAUUUUAGAUAAAAGAAAUGCACUUUCAAAUUAUGAUUUUGAGCAAAGAGAAUAUUAAUAUUAACAAGAUUUACAAUAAAAAACAGAACUAAUUGAAUCUUUGAAAAUGGAAAUGGAAAAAAUCAGAAGUGUCAAUUACAAUAUGUAAGAAGAAAUACUUAAGAAUAAUAUGUCUAUAACUUAAUUGUAAGCAACUAUCAAUAGUUAAAAAAAUGAAUUAGCAUAAGCGAAACAAGAAUAAAUUCACUUAAUGGAUUUACUUAAAAAAAGAAAAGAAGAGACAGAAUAAUUACAUUAGGGAUUAGAAGAGGCAAGAAAAGAACAAUAGUUAAAAAAAAAUUCUGUUGAAGAUAGUAGAAGUAUAUCUUUAUUUAAAUCUUAGGGUCUAUGUUUAGAUAAUAAGAUUUGCAGUCUUAGUUAGAAAGUAUUUAAAGAGACAAUUUAGCUUUAACUUAAAAGAUUAAUUCACUAAAUAAUGAACUCAAUAGAAAACAACGAGAAUAUUAAGAAAAGACUGAGGAAUAUUCAAUUUUAAAGAGAAAAUAUGAUGAAACUCUUUAAAAUUUGGAAAGAUUAGAAAAAAGAUGGGGAGAAAAAAUAGAUUAACAUAGAAAAAUUUGA